GAUAAGUCGACACAUUUGGACGGACUUUCUACAGAAGAUUAGUGCACCACUAUGCCACCACCACCCCACGAUCAUUGCGGCGGACCGCCUCAUCGUCGUGGACCCGUGAUUAAGGUACAGAUUGCACCACCAUGGCCACGCCGCCAUCACCGCCCACCACCCCAAGUUGUGGUGGUGCAGCAGCAGGCUCCGCCACCGCCACCAGUCAUGGUGGUGCAACAGGCGCCUCCGCCACCGUACUACCAAAAUCCACCACCACCACCACCGCCCGGCAGCAGCCACUACCACAAUCCACAGUAUUGAGAAGGAACUUUGAUCUGUAAAAUCCUUCACAAUGAAUUUAUACCACGUAGCCUUACUUAACAACUAUAUGUCCUCAAUAAAGUAUAACCUUAUAAACU